UACAAUCUUUUUUGUGCCCUAUCUCUCUCCCUCUCUCAUAUUUUACAGUGGCCUCCCUCUCUCUCUCCUUCCCCUUCUCUCUCUCAUUCAGGAUUUCAGGUCACUGGAGCUCUUCUCCAUUUGAUUGAGCUCUCUCUCUCUUGCCCUCUCCCUCUCUCUCUCUCUUGCCCUCUCCCUCUCUCUCUAGCUUCUGCUGUUCUUUGAUCGACGAACCUUUCAUUUUACCGAGCUUUUCCUAUUUCCCCAAUGUUUGAAGAUUUUUCUAUUUUACUUGCAUUCUAGCGUCCCUCUCUAGAUAUCUCGUUUUUGUGCCCUAUCUCUUUCCUUUGAUCUUUCAUUUACAGUGGCUUCUCUCUCGCUCAUACUGGCUUCUAUUAGGCACUGAAGCCCUUUUUCAUUUGACUGGGCUCUCUCUCUCUCUCUCAACAACUUCCACUGUUCUGUUGACGCUCCUUUCAUUUGGCCGCGCUUUUUUGCCUUCCACAAUUUCUGAAGAUUUUUAUCUAUUGAUUUUUCUAUUUUCCUAUAAUUUACCUCUGAUUGAUUUGUUGGGCCAUUACCAAUCAAAAAAGAAGAAAGAUAUUGUUUUUUUAGAGCCAUUAUUUGCUUAUUAUUUACCUGCGAUGGCAGCUAAAAAGGGUGUCAAGAGGUCUCGUGCGGUUUAUGGUUCGAGCAUCGCACCAUCUCCAUGUCCCACUCCUCUCAGCGAGAUUGGAGCUAGUGAAGAAGAAGAAGCUUUUCUGGAGGAUGAAGAAAUGGAAGAAAUGGAAGAGAUGGAAGAGAUGGAAGAGAUGGGAGAGAUGCUUGCUAAGAAGAGGGAGCCUCAGAGGAGAAAACCCACCACUGCUUCAACUUCAAAGGCAUCUUCUAAGAAGGCUCGCACUUCAGACGAGGUUCCUGAUAGCAGGCUUCUUGGUGAUCCAGUUCCAGUUUCUGAAGCUCAACGAAGAUGGUCUCAUAGGUACAAUAAACAGAAGGACAAAAGGGGAUCUACUUCCUCAAACGGAGAUAAUGGAGGCGAGACUGCAUUAAAUGUAAAAUGCCAUUAUGAGCAAUGUGAAGUUGAUGGUUGUAUCUACAUUCUAAAUGAUUCGGCUAUUGUGAAGGGGGAAGAAGGAGGAGAAGAUUACAUCGGAAAGAUUGUGGAGUUAUUUGAAACUACUGAUGGCCAGCGAUAUUUCACCGCCCAGUGGUUUUUCAAAGCGCAAGAUACUGUCAUUAAAGAGGAGGCUGCUGAUUUCCAUGACAAGAAACGUGUUUUCUACUCUGAUAUGAAAGAUGACAAUUUACUUGACUGCAUCAUUUCAAAACUCCACAUUGUACAAGUGGCUCCCAAUGUGGAUUUGGUGGCAAAGGCGGCAUCCAUUCCACCUUGUGACUAUUAUUAUGAUAUGUCUUAUUCUAUUCCUUAUUCAACUUUUUCUAACUUAAAGAGUGAUAACUUGAAAUUUAAUAGUGAUUCAUCUACUAUUUCUUCCGAGGCUGCUGUUGAUGGCGCUGAAAAAUCUGAUUCUGAUGGAGGUUGUUCAAGUGAGUCAUAUGAGAAGUCAGGGUUUUCACUAUUGGAUCUCUAUUCAGGCUGCGGUGGGAUGUCCACCGGGUUGUGUUUUGGUGCCAAGCUUUGUGGUGUAAACCUUGUGACUAGGUGGGCUGUUGACAUGAACAAAUCAGCUUGCGAUAGUCUUAAGCUGAACCACCCAGAGACAGAGGUGAGAAACGAGUCUGCUGAGGAUUUCUUGAAACUAUUGAGGAAAUGGGAAGAACUUUGCAAGGAGUAUUCACUUAUUGGAACUGAGAAGUCACGGUGGCGCCUUGAGGCAACUGAUAAUGGUUAUGAUGAAGAGUCUGAUGAUGACACUAAGUUAUCCCCUGGUGAAUUUGAAGUAGGGAAACUGGUUGGUAUUUGUUAUGGCGAUCCUAGCGAAACUGGGAAAAUUGGAUUGAAGUUCAAGGUGCGUUGGAAGGGAUAUGGUCCCAGUGAUGACACAUGGGAACCUCUGGAUGGCUUAAGCAAUUGUAAAGAAAGGAUUAAGGAAUUUGUGAGAAAUGGAUAUAGGGCAAGGAUCUUACCUCUUCCUGGUGAUGUUGAUGUCAUUUGUGGUGGGCCUCCUUGUCAAGGAAUCAGUGGCUUCAAUAGGUUCAGGAAUUAUGCAGAGCCCCUAAAUGAUCCGAAGAAUCAUCAAAUGGUUGUUUUCAUGGAUGUAGUUGACUACCUCAAACCAAAAUAUGUUUUAAUGGAGAAUGUAGGUGAUAUUCUGAAGUUUGCAAAUGGAUUUCUUGGUAGAUAUGCCUUGAGUCGUUUGGUUCAUAUGAAUUAUCAAGCGAGACUUGGCAUGAUGGCUGCUGGUUGUUAUGGUCUCCCCCAGUUUCGUUUGCGUGUAUUCCUUUGGGGUGCUCAGCCAACUGAGAAAUUGCCGCAAUACCCACUUCCUACGCAUGAUGUUGUUGUGAGAAAUCAUGUUCCGGUUGAGUUUGAUGGCCACCUUGUUGCAUGUGAUGCAGACCAAUCUCGGGAACUGCAACAGCCACUUUUUCUUGGUGAUGCCAUUUCUGAUCUGCCGGAGGUAACGAAUUUUGAAACUCGAGAUGAAUUUCCUUAUGAAAGACCUCCUAGAACAGAGUUCCAGAAAUAUAUUCGUUUGGGGAAACAUCAAAUGAUGGGUGAGUGUUCUAAUGGGAAUGGCUCAUCGGAAAAGGCCUUACUUUAUGAUCAUCAGCCUCUUCAAUUGAAUGAAGAUGAUUACCAACGAGUGUGCAGAAUUCCUAAGAAAAAGGGAGCUAAUUUCAGAGAUCUUCCGGGAGUCCUUGUUCGCCAGGAUAAGACUGUCUAUUUGGAUUCUUCCGUUGAAAGGGCAUACCUGCCAUCUGGGAAACCUUUGGUUCCUGACUAUGCUAUUACUUUUGUCAGAGGCCGAUCUAAAAAACCUUUUGGCCGCUUGUGGUGGGAUGUAACUGUUCCAACUGUAGUGACAAGGGCAGAGCCUCAUAAUCAGGCCAUCUUGCAUCCUGAACAAGACCGAGUGCUCACCAUACGUGAGAAUGCAAGAUUGCAAGGUUUUCCUGAUUAUUACAAACUAUGUGGUUCCGUAAAAGAUAGGUACAUUCAGGUUGGGAAUGCGGUUGCAGUCCCUGUAGGAAGGGCAUUAGGACAUGCACUAGCACUUGCAAUCCAAAAGCUUGGGAGUUAUGAUGAACCUCUCAUGGCACUCCCUCCUAAGUUUCCACAGUGCCUUCAUAGGGUAUCUUCUUCAACUAUUGAUGUCUUAGAGCAUUGUUAGAACAUUAUGAUCUAUUCUGGCAGAUUAUUGAAACAAUGCCGCUAUUUUUCCUUCAUAGCCCCUAUUUUUCUUUUUCUUGUGCAAAAAGUGCAUCUUCUCAUUUGUAAACUUUCCUAAACUUAUUGUGACAUUAGUGGUUAUGCCACACUAGCUUUUAGCUUUGUAAGUGGUUCAACCACUCCAGUGAUUAAACAUUUUAUCUUUCCUCAUUUUAUUGUGUACUUUAAAACUACCUUGUGACAGUUAUGUUUUUGUAAGUUAAUAAGCACUAAACAGAUCCAUUCAAAAUAUCA